GAGUCUCUGUUCAAGUCUCAUAUCACGACUCCGUCCUAUCUCUCCCAAUUUCCCAGAUCCCGCCAACACCAACGCCAUUUCAGUUUCAAUCUCAAUCUCACUAAGCUCUCGACUAUGAUUCGCUCUUGCAUAAUCUGAAGUCGACCCAACACAGAGAGAGGACUGAGGAAAUGAACGUCAGCCACGGGUCGGUCCACCCAGUCGAAGAUGUCCCCACCACAGACGCCGCCGCCGGUGGCCCAAACCCGCCCCGCGUCCGAAUGAAGGACCUUCCCGGCAUGCCCGGGACCCCCGCCGGCCUCGCCUUGCGCCUCUCCCAGUUCCUCUUCUCCGCCGCCGCUCUCGCCGUCAUGGCCUCCACCUCUGACUUCCCUUCCGUCACCGCCUUCUGCUACCUAGUUGCAGCCACCGGGUUGCACACUCUGUGGAGCUUCUCAUUGGCCGUUGCUGAUGUCUAUGCACUUCUAGUUGGGCGGUCGUUGCAGAGCCAUAAGGUUGUCUGCUUGUUCACUCUUGGCGAUGGGGUGACAUCCACACUUACAUUCGCAGCAGCUUGUGCUUCUGCGGGGAUCACAGUUCUUAUUGACAAUGAUCUUGAUAGUUGUGCCCAUAACCAUUGUGCACAAUUUGAAACAGCUACAGCCAUGGCUUUCAUAACCUGGUUCACUGCACUACCAUCUUUUCUAUUGAAUUUCUGGUCGCUGGCAUCCCGAUGAUAGCAACCUAGAACAGAAUGAUGGCUUCGGCCGUGUACCACCUGGAUUCAUUACUUGUGUUGUAUGAUUUCUCUUCACUGUCAUGUACUGGGGCGUGCUUAAUUCAAAUCUUGUUGUACUUUUGUGUAUAGCUGCUCCUUGAUAGAGUACAUGGAGUAUGGAUAUAAGCUGGUUAGAUAUUGCUCACCUAUAUAUGAGGUUGAUUUGUUUAAGUAGUUAGUCAUGGUCUGUGAUAAGCUUUGGUGCUAUGGAUGUAGAAAUGCACAAAUACAUGAAGUUUGAGGAGAUCUGCUCUUCCAUCUUCAGGUUAUUUUUCGUCUUGGCAUCUAUUUCAUGUACAUUGAUACA